AUGCUUUUUAUUAGUGAUAAUCCAAUAAAAGGGACUAUUCCCACUUCAUUGGGAAAUAUUUCCUCUCUGCAUUAUUUUAAUUGUGGAAACAAUCACAUAGUGGAGCAAAUUCCUCCAGAAUUAGGAAAGCUAUCAAAUUUGAGGCAAUUAAUCUUAGACAAUAAUCAUAAUCUUAUUGGUCAAAUUCCAGAGGCUAUUUUCAACAUAUCUUCUUUGGAAGUGAUUGGUUUCAAUAUCAAUAACCUCUCGGGGAGAAUUCCAACCACUACAGGUCUUCACUUGGGAGGUAAUCAGCUUGAAGGGGAAAUUCCAUUGUUCAUAACAAAUGCUUCCGAGCUUCAGAUAAUAUCGCUAGAUGAUAACUCUCUCACAGAAACUAUUCCUAACAAUUUGGGAAAUCUUCGUGAGCUGCAAAUACUACUUCUACAUACUAAUCAACUUACCAAUGAACCAAGAGAGCGAUAUGCACACAUCAAUGAACUCAUCCCCACAAGUAUAGGCAAUAUGAGCGGUCUUACAGCCAUAGACAUUGAAGGAAACAACUUGACAGGGAGUAUUCCUUCUGAGAUUGGUAAGCUUAAACAACUCCAAGGGCUGUAUCUAGAUAACAAUAAAUUGAAGGGACAUAUUCCAGAAGCGGUAUGCAAUUUGUCUGAUUUGGUUCAAUUAUAUCUGUAUGGUAAUGAGCUCUCUGGAUUAAUUCCAGAAUGCUUAGGAAAUCUUAGCAUGCUUCAAGAGCUUUAUUUGGGUUCUAAUAAAUUUUCAUCAAAAUUUCCAUUGAGCCUUUGGAAAAUGAGUGGUCUUCUCUAUCUAGACGUGUCACAGAAUUCAAUAGAGGGAGAAGUUCCAUCAGAUAUUGGAGGACUGAAAGCCAUUGUAGAACUACAUCUUUCCAGUAGUAUUCCUGUAUAUUUGGAAAAACUCUCAUACCUUCAAAGCAUUAAUGUUUCAUUUAAUGAUUUAGAAGGUGUAAUACCAAGUAGUGGUGUGUUUGCAAAUACCACUCUGCAGUCAUUUCUUGGGAACAAAGGUCUAUGUGGAGUGCACAUAUUGGAUAUUCCUGCUUGUGCUGUCACUAAUCCUGGAAAACAAUCAAAGCUUAAGGAGGGUGUGCUAAAAAUUGUUACUCCUGUGGUUAUAUCAUCCUUUCUGAUAUUCUUGUUGGUUUCAAUUUGGAUAAUGAAACGACAAAAGAAAGGGAAGUCCAAAGAUGUGGAAAAGGGAAUCUCUGGUUCUGUGUACAAAGGCACAUUGUUUGGUGGAACUGCAGUGGCCAUUAAGGGUUCUGGGAAUUUGGAAAAUGAGAAAGUAUGCAGGAGCUAUGGCAGUUGA